CGGAGUGAGUGGGAGUGUGCGGCUACCUCUGUACAUUCGUUCACCUUUGUUUUCAUUAUUUUUUUACUGUUUCCAGAUUAGUCCUUACGACCAAAUAUGAAACAAUUAUGUUUGUACACCUCCGCGUCUGUGUCAUUCAUGCUCAUUGCCGCACUCAAUGUCGCCGCACGCAGUGCAGUCCUGGAGCUCGGAGACGUUGACUUCGAUUACCAUGCAGCGGAGCAUGAGACCAUGCUAGUUAAGUUCUAUGCGCCCUGGUGUGGCCACUGUAAGAAACUCGCUCCAGACUUUGAGUUGGCGGCCUCUCGUCUGAAAGGUCUAGUCUCUUUGGCUAAGGUGGAUUGCAGCGCUCACUCGCAGACAUGCAGCCGCUUCGGGGUCACGGGGUACCCCUCACUCAAGAUCUUCCGUGGUGGAGAGGAAUCCUCAGCCUACGAUGGGCCUCGGACCGCAGACGGCAUCAUGAAAUACAUGAAGAAGAACGCGGGGCCCAACUCCUACACUCUACACACUGAAGAAGCUGUGGACGCCUUCAUCGAUAACUUUGACGCCAGUGUAGUGGGUUUCUUCUCCGGCGGUGACAGUCCCCAUCUGGCCGAGUUCCUGAGGGCAGCGGCGGCCAUGAGGGACAGCUACCGCUUCGGCCACACCACGGACCUGCAGCUGGGGUUCAAACAUGGCCUGCACUCAGAGGGUGUGGUCCUGGUGCGUCCCCCGCGGUUGGCCAGUAUGUUUGAGGACGGCGCUGUGAGGUUCACCGACGCCCCCACCACCGCUGCACUCCGCCGCUUCAUCAAAGACAACAUCUUCGGAGUGUGUCCCCACCUGACCCCUGAGAACAAGGAGAAGCUGAGGCAGAGGGACCUGAUGACGGCCUACUAUGAGCUGGACUACAGACACAACCCCAAGGGCUCCAACUACUGGAGGAACAGGGUGAUGAAGGUGGGAUCUCAGUUUGCCUCUGAGGGACUGACGUUUGCAGUGGCCAAUCGGAGAGACUUUCAGGACGAGCUGCGGGAGGAGUUUGGUCUGGGAACGUCAGAGGGAGGAGACCUGCCCUUCGUCACCGUCCGCACGCGCCAGGGACACAAGUUCACCAUGAGGGAGGAGUUCACGAAAGAUGGUAAAUCACUGGAGAGGUUCCUGAAUGACUACUUUGCUGGACGCCUGAAGAGAUACAUUAAAUCUGAGCCUGUCCCCUCCACCAACAGAGGCCCUGUCAAGGUGGUGGUGGCUGAUAACUUUAAUGAGAUUGUGAAUGACCCAGAGAGAGACGUCCUGAUCGAGUUCUAUGCGCCCUGGUGUGCACACUGCAAGAAACUGGAGCCCAAAUACACAGAGCUAGCUGAACAGCUGGCCAGUGACCCCAUCAUCGUGGUCGCUAAGAUGGACGCCGCAGCCAAUGAUGUCCCAAUGGGCUAUGAUGUGCCUGGAUACCCCACCAUCUACUUUGCUGCCAGAGGGAGGAAGGGUGAGCCAAGGCGCUACGACGGGGCGCGAGAGGUGAAGGACUUGCUGAACUUCCUGAAGAGGGAGACCCCACAUGUGCUGAGUGCAACCAGACAGGAACUGUAGAGCUGUGCACCCUGGGACAUGUAGUUCACAGACAUGGACAUGUAGUUCACAGACCCUGGUCUGGGGACGAUCUGUUUUUUUGUUUGUUUUGUUUUGGAUUGUUUAAUGUGUAUCGCACUAUCAAUAUCAACUUCACUGCUGUUAACCACCGCCAUCAGGAACGCUGCUA